CCAAGUGCCGUGGAAUUAAGUGAAAUUUAAUUAGUGAAAUUUGAUAAUUGAUUUGGAUAAUUUAUUGAGACUAUGCCAUGAUAUGAUGGCCCUAAAAAUGCUUUAUCGCGGCCCCAGCUCGCGUUUGGAGAAUCUCAUUGAGAAGAUCCAGGCCACCAAGGAGAUCACAAAUAACGACAUGUACAGUACCCACACCUCGUCCAGCUACUCGCCGAGCAUCUCCGAUGGGACCAUGACACCCAACGCCCAUCAUCUGGCCACUGCCUCGACGAAUGCCCUGCAGGAGGAGCUCCAUCCGGGUGACGGCAAGUCGAACGGUGUCCCAGGAGAGGAGUCUGCGAAGCCAAAGCGACAGCCGCACUUCCACCACCACCACCAUCACUACCAUCACCAGCAGGCCCUGAAGAUUGCCAACAAGCUGCGCAAAAUCAAUAAGGAGGCCAAAAUGGCAGCUGCAGGAGCAGCAGGAGCUGGAUCCGGAUCCGGCGCUGCUGGCGGAGCAGCCGCAAAGUUUGAUAAGUUGACAGGCGAAGGCAUUAAGAGUCGCGGCGACGGCUCCUAUCAGUGCCAGUUCUGUGAUAAGACGUUUCCGCGUCUCGGCUACUUGAAGCAUCACGUGCAGAGCCAUGCCGAGCAUCUGCCCUUCAAGUGCGAGUACUGCGCCAAGCUGUUCAAGCACAAACGCUCCCGGGAUCGCCAUAAGAAGCUGCACACCAACGAGCGCAACUACAAGUGUCCGCACUGCGAGGCGGCCUUCUCCCGAAGCGAUCACCUGAAGAUCCACAUGAAGACGCAUGACAUCCAGAAGCCGUUCCAGUGCAGCAUGUGCAACAGGGGCUACAACACGGCCGCGGCCCUCACCUCGCACAUGCAGAAGCACAAGAAGAACGCCGCCAUACUGGCAGCCGGCGGCAAUCCCAAUGCCCUCAACUACAGUCCCCGGUCCACGGGCUCCGCCUCGGCGUCGGUGUCCAGCAAUGGGAGCCUGCACAAGCGGCGCUAUGCCCUGGCCCUGGCCACCGACAGCAGUUCCAGUCGCCUGGACUUUCCCAAGAGAUCGCGCAGCAGCCAUGUGGCCGGCACGCCAACACCCACCCCGCUGCUGCGAUGCAGCUACUGCCCCAAGGCGACGGAGUUCAGCAGCUUGGAGCAGCUGAAUGCCCAUCUCCAGAAUGUCCACGAGCAGCAGCAGCAGCAGCAACAGCCACAGCAGCAGUCACAGCAGCAGCAGCAGCAAUCGGCGAAGACUCCCGUCCAGGAGGGGGAGGGCUUCCAGCUGAGCUGCGAGUACUGCACCAUGAAGUUUGGAAACAUUGCCGGACUCUUCCAGCACAUGCGCGCCACCCAUCUGGAUCGCCUGAGCAGCCCCAACUCCUACUACGAGCACUUCAACCGGCUGGCCACCGCAGGAACAUUUAGUCCACGGCUGGCGCUGGAUCUGCCCAAGAUAAAGCCGGAUCUGGGCAGUCCCGAGCCGCGGGAGAGCCGACCCUCCGAGGACGACCUGCCCACGGAUCUGAGCAGCAACAAGCGUCGACCGCAGACACCAGCCAACGCAGCGCCCAAUCCUCCGCCGCAGGCAGCGGCACCCCCCGGCAUCUUCUUCUGCAACCAGUGCAACGCGGGACUACCCGACUUCGAGAGCUUCCGCAAUCACCUGAAGAGCCACAUUGCCGAGGGAAUGCAGCUGAUCUGCCCCCACUGUGGGCUGAGUCUGCCGGAGCAGUCGGACUUUGAGCGUCACGUGGUGGGACACUUCCUGAUCGCCAACUCCGAGUUCAACUGCAGCGCCAGCUGCGGCAAGAGCUUCGGCAAGGCGGAGGAGCUGCAGCAGCACCUCAUCACCGAGCACGUGCUCACCCUGCUGAAGUGCGGCCUCUGCUCGGAGAUGUGCGAGACGCGGAUGGCCAUGCAGCUGCAUCUGGCCUGCGCCCACAGCCACGAGACGAAGCUGCUGCGCUGCAGCGCCUGCAUGGAGGUCUUCCGCUCCGAUGGCGACUUCCAUGUGCACGUAAAGACGCGCCAUCAGCUGGGCAACCAUCACCAGCACCAGCAGCACCACCAACAGCACCACCCGAUGGGCGGCAACGGCGGCAGUCCGGCCAACCCGCUGCAGUGCAUGUUCUGCCGGGCCGUGUGCUCCUCCGAGCUGGAGAUGCACUUCCAUCUGGCGGCGCAUGCGCGACAGUUUCGCUGUCCCUCCUGUCCGGAGACCUUCCACGUGGAGUUCCUGCUGGACAGGCACAUGCAGAGCCAGCACGGCGGCGGCAAGGACAAGGAGCAGCCGCCCCAAAGCUCCCCCAACAUGGGCAGUCUCUAUGUGAACGCCCUGCUGCCGCCCCUGGCCGCAGCUGCCGCUGCCGCAGCCGCCACCAACAACAACAGCAGCAUCAUCGACUACAACGUGGCCUUCAAGGGUCUGUUCGGUGGGGGAGCGACCGGAGGCAGUGCACCCACGGGCCCCGCGGCGGCCAGCAAGUUCUACAGCCCCUUGCAGGUGGACACGAAUGCCCUGAAGGCACAGACCUCGCCCCAUCCCGCCCUGAUGUACGGCCUCAGCCAGCGCUACCUGAUGGAGAUGUACGCCGCCAAGUCCACGUCUCCGGCCAACAGCACCGCCAACGAAUCAGCAGCAGCAGCAGCAGCAGCCGGAGGAGGAGGAGUAGGAGUAGGAGUAGGAAUUGGAGGAGCCUCCUCCAUCAAUGGCCCGCCAGCAGCACAGGCGCCGCCGCCAAGCGCACCCGCUGCCACCUUCAGCUGUGGGAUGUGCGAGCGCCAGGAUCUGCGCAGCGAGGCGGAACUCCACUCGCACCGGAAGCUGGCCCACAACCUGAAGACUGGCGUGAGCCUGCGCUGCGCCUACUGUGCGGGCAACUUCAAGUCGCGGGCGGAGCUGGAGCAGCACAUGAAGAGCUGCCACAACUCGACGGGCAAGCACAAGUGCCUCAUCUGCGACGAGAUCUUCCCCUCGCCGGCCAUCCUGGCGGAGCACAAGCUGCAGCACUCGAAGGUGGGCCAGUCGGGCAAGUGCGCCCACUGCAGCCACCCGUUGGAGGAUGUGGCCGCCUUCCGGGCCCAUCUCAGCGAGCAUGGCAGCGAUGGCGCCUCCCUGCCCCUGGCCUGCAUUUGCUGUCGCCAGACGCUCCACUCGGAGUUCGAGCUGAGCCUGCACGCCAAGUUCCACACCAAGUCCUCGUCCAGUGGCGGCAGUCUCCAGGAGCCGGUUUGCGCCCUCUGCCUGGAGCCGCUGCCAGGGGCAGUGGAGGGUCCCACCACGCCGGCCAAGCUGUGCGAGAAGUGCUGCCGCAAGCACAACCUCAACGGCAAGCGGAGCAAGGCCAGCGAGGGCCCCGCGAUCCAGGCCCAGCCGGCUGCCUACCUGGAGAACCGCUGCAAUCUGUGCAAGAUGAUCCUGCCGCACGCCCAGAAGCUGCAGGAGCACCUGGUGGAGCACACCUUCGCCGGCACCGAGCAGCGCGGCUUCAAUUGCUACAUCUGCUCGGCCGUCUUCACGGCCCCCGGCGGCCUCCUUGGCCACAUGGCCGAGCACGGGGCCCACUCGCGUCCCUACGACUGCAACAUCUGCCCCGAGAAGUUCUACUUCCGCGCCGAGCUGGAGCACCACCAGCGCGCCCACGAGCUGAGGCCAACGGUUCGUCCAGCGCUGGCCAAGCCAGAGCCACCGAUGCGACGCAGUGCUUCGCCCAGUCCGAGUCCAGUGCGAAGUCCCACGACCGUCAAGCAGGAGCUGUACGACACGGAUACGGGCCACUCCGGCGGCUGUGAUGAUGAGCCAGAGCCCGCCCAGGACGAGGAGGAGUACAUAGAGGUGGAGCGGAUGCCGCACGAGACGCGGCCAAGGGAUGUCAUGUCACAGCUGGAAAGGGCCACAAACAGCGCCUGAGGAAGUGGCGAAUGAGAGAAUGGGAAAAGUAUCCAGGACACUCGUCGGAGGAGGAGGGAAAGAGCCCAAAGAAUAUUUCUCCCCAGACUGUUUGAUGAUCCCGACGAUCCUUUGCUAUCCUUGGGGCUCGCACAAGUAUUGCCAGCGUAUUUCGCCCUCUUUAAAUCUUAGAUCUUGCCACUUGAAAUCACACAGUAAAUGGAACAGUUUAGCAUUAAUCAGAUACAUAUAUCCGAUAGGCCGAUAUGCCGAUAUGCAUACUCCCCAUAGGUCUAAUGUGUCUCACUCGUAGAUAACAUAAACCAUAAAAUAUUACACAUACGCCUAGUUAACUCGUAGACAUUCUCGACAUAAACCUUUGUGUGUGAUAGUUUUCUUCAAAGAUUCCAAUGCGUUUAUUUACAUGCCCCAAAACUGCAUAUUUAUGGCGAGCGAAUUAGCGAUUAGCGUUACGAAUUCGACUUUUAUUUCGAUUUUUGUAUGUUAUUAUAUAGUGGGCAUUGCCUGCGUAUUUCAGUAUUUAUAUCCAACAAUAAUAAUUAAAAAUGUAACUACAAUUUAUAACACACACACACACACACAUGAGUAUAUUAUAUAGUUAUGUACGGAUAUAUAUACUAUGUCUUAAAUAAGCACCAAAAACAUUUUUAAUGUGUAGCAUAAAAAGAACUAAAGAAACUAAAAAAA